AUGGCACGAGUGAAUUAUCUCAUUGGUGCUCUAUCACUCCACAUAAUUUUGUCAUUAUGUAUUAGCAAAUUGUGCAGUGCUUCUGAUCUUAAAAUUUCAAGAUCUUUUCCUGCCAUUCUUAUUUUCGGUGAUUCUACUGUAGAUACUGGAAAUAACAACUUCAUUUCCACAAUUUUCAAGGCAAAUUACUCUCCAUAUGGCAAAGAUUUUCCUGGUCAUAUGGCUACUGGAAGGUUUAGUAAUGGAAAACUCAUUCCGGACAUGGUAGCUUCUAGAUUGGGGAUAAAGGAGCUUGUUCCUCCAUUUUUGGAUCCAAAAUUGUCGAAUGAUGACGUGAAAACAGGAGUUAGUUUUGCAUCUGCUGGCACAGGGUUUGAUGAUCUAACUGCUACAAUAUCCAAAGUUAUUCCUGUGAUGAAGCAAAUUGAUCUUUUCAAGAACUACACUAAAAGGCUUCAAAGGAUUGUGGGCGUGGAUGAAAGUAAGAAGAUUAUUGGUAGCGCUUUGGUUAUUAUUUCUGCAGGAACUAAUGAUUUGAACAUCAAUUUCUACGACAUUCCCACAAGGAAACUACAGUACAAUAUUAGCGGUUACCAAGAUUUCAUACUGAAUAGACUACAAAGCUUUAUCAAGGAAAUUUACCAGCUCGGAUGUCGCAAUAUAGUGGUUGCUGGCCUCCCUCCGGUUGGUUGUCUUCCCAUUCAAGAGACUGUAUCAUUUGAAAAUCCCCUACAUCGAAUAUGUUUGGAAGAUCAAAACUCGGACUCCAAAUCCUAUAAUCAGAAGCUUUCAAAGUUGUUGAGCAAUCUACAACCGCAGCUACCUGGAAGCACAAUGUUGUAUGCUGACAUUUACACCCCUCUCAUCGACAUGAUCAAUAAUCCUCGCCAAUAUGGUUUUGAGCAUACGAACACAGGUUGUUGUGGAACUGGAUUGGCAGAAGCAGGACCUCUAUGUAAUGCCCUAACCCCAACGUGUGAAGAUCCAUCAAAGUACAUAUUUUGGGAUAGCAUCCAUCCGACUGAAUCAGUCUACAAGUCCAUCACUGAAUCGCUUCUCAAACAAUUUUUCUGA